AUGGAAGAGCCAUCAAAGAAGCAAAAACAAUCAGCAUUUGUUCGUUCUCGCAUUAAUGCCGACAAGGAGCUUUGGGACAAAGUAUCUAUAUUGAAACAAGAUUGUCGAACCGCUGGUGUGAUUCCUCGACUGGAGCCCAAUUUUAGGAAAGCAGAUACGCUCUCUGCUUAUCUUUGUAGCCCAUUAACUGAUCAUUUAUCGACUGGAUUUAUGGAUUUGGGAUGGGGCUGUGGCUACCGUAACUGUCAAAUGCUGAUGACAUUUCUGGAGAGACAGAAACAAGACGGCGAGCCGUUAUUGAAGAAUGUGCUCGAUAUAUCCGGCAUUCAGUUGCUAAUUGAAAAGGCAUGGCAAGAAGGCUUUGAUACAUUGGGUGCGGCUCAGUUGGAUCAUCAUGUAUUCAAGACCCGCAAAUGGAUUGGAACCACUGAAGUGUACACAUUGCUGGCCUAUCUCGGUAUUCGCUCAACUAUUAUAGACUUUCAUCAGCCAGGACCUCAGCAUCUACACCAUGAAUUGAUGGACUGGAUUCAAUCAUACUUUAUGGAUCCCACUACGCAGAAAAAAAGCACAAAGACUGUGUGUAUUACCAACAGACCGCCUCUUUAUUUGCAGCAUCAAGGACACAGCAGAACUGUGGUUGGCAUAGAGCUAUUAAAGUCCGGAAAAAGAAACUUGAUCAUGUUUGAUCCCGGAAGAAGAAUUCUUCGCAGUUAUAGAUCAUCACAAAAAGAACCCGCAUUGGAACCUGAGGAGCAUCACCGCAAUGACGAGGAGAAUGAAAAUAAGGAUCAAGAUGAUGAUGAAGAGGAGGAGAUCGAUAUAUUGAAUCACGAUGAUAGCAAAGAUGCUUCUUUGAGCAAAAGAUUUCUAGCUCGCUUCAAACACACCCCAUUGCCUUCUAGUCUACUGCGCCCAUUUAGAGUUGAUGACAAGUCCAUUGGAAAGCACAAACAGUACCAAGUUUUGGUGUUGGGCCAGGUGGAAUAUCAAAAUGGUAAAAUGGCUUGGGACUCGAAUAAGGGCUAUUUGUUGAAUGAAGACGAGAGAGAAAAGAUGAAAAAUGUUACCAGUCUAGCUGUCAUGUAA